UCGAAAUCCCUUGCACGCUCUCAGUCGCAAAAGCGAAGAGAUGUGGAGAAGGGGCAAGAAGCGAAGCGACGGCGAGGGCGCCGGCGGAUGGGGAGGGGACUCCGACAUGGCGCCGGCGUCGAAGAGGGCCAAGGACUCCGAGGACGACUUCGAUGGCAUCGUCGUUGGCGAGAUUGGAAAGAACCGAAGGGUUUCGGUGAGGAGUUGGCAGGGCAGGGUCGUGGUUGACAUCCGAGAGUUCUACGUCAAGGAUGGGAAGACCCUUCCCGGCAGGAAAGGUAUCUCACUACCAAUGGAUCAGUGGAAAAUCUUGCGUGACCACAUCAAUGAGAUCGACAAGCUUGUGAAAGAGAAUUCCUAGUUUCAGUCCAUCACCAACUGCACCCAAGAUUUGUUUCUUUGGGCUCUUCACCAUGUCUGUUGACAAUGUGUUCUUUUGAUCUUAACUAUGGAUUUCAUAUAAACCUAGUAUAAAAAGACUGGUAACUGGUUACAUGAAAUGAAAAAGACUUCUUGUUGGCAUGGAUCUCCAUGUGAAUUUGGGCAAAACUUUUUAUGAUUAACAUUCAUUCCCUUGGUUUUUA